AAGUAUCACGAACUACUUGUCAUUGGGAGAAAGCGUACAGGUUCCAUGUCCACUGAUAUCAAGAGCACUGUUUUCGGAAGAGAAAUAGCAGUAAACCUCCAUUGACUGAGGUAUAUUCUCGAGUAGAGUCUUAUCUGCUGCGUCUAGCUAAAUCUCCAUGCUUGGAACGAUCUGUUUCAACUUUCCACUGUUUAUGUACGAUUGAGUAGCACACGUACAGCUCACCUGUGUGUAGCUGUGUUAAUGUUGGGCACUGCACUGCAGUCUGCUGGAAGAGAGGACUGGAUCUUAGUGCAUGCUGGUGACUGUGGCGGUGAUACGAACCUGACAAUGGCAGCUGUGGAUGGCGUCGCCGCAAGCUCUCGACGGGCUGCCAAUCCGUUCGACUCUGAUGCUGAGGAUGAGGCGCUGGACCCUGUGGCUAGUAAUUUUGGAGAAGACGAUGACGAAGAAGGUUUGGAAGUGGUCGACUCCAUUGGUAACAUUCUGCCAGGGAGGAGGAAGAAACACAAGGAGGCCAAGCUGAAAGGCGCUGCCAAAUCUGUUGAUGUACUAGAUGAUGAAGGUGCCAGGGGAGAUGCUCAAGUUAUCGGCACAAUGUGGGAACCCACAGAGAUGCCAGCUGCCAAAGUUCGUGCUGAUAUGAGGUCCAACUACUACCAAGCCAAUGAACCUGAGCGAGAACAAGCGUCACCAGCUACCAGAGCUCAAGCUACCCAGCCAGUGAGUACACACCAGGCUAGAGCACAUCGUCCUCUGCCUCCUCCAGACUUGACACGGCUGGGUGUGAAGGACACUGCCAAGCGUAUCGUCCUGGGAAAACCCUAUGUUCUGGAGUGUUAUCGGUCAAUUACUGAGAAAGCAGAUCUUCUAAAAGAGGUGGUUGCCAUGCACGAUGGCAAUGCUAUAUUGACUGUGAUACUGUUCCUACGGCAGACGUUGCGAGAAAAUGUGUUUCUGGCACAGCUUCUGAGUUCCGAGGUGGCUGAGAAUCACUAUGUGAGCUACUUGCGACAGCUGGGUGACUUGGAAGUACUGGAGCGAUUCUACAGGAAACUGAUACGUGCUCGCAAGGCAGGGAUGCUACUCUACAAACAGUACUGUGCAAGCAGCUCAUCUCCAUCGGAGCGUGUCAAGGGACUACAGAAAUGCAUUGACUACUUUUCAACAUUUGAAGAUGCUGCCGUCAACAGAGAAGUUCCAUUUUUGAAGGAAGAGCUUCAGCUGCUUAAGGAAGUGCAAAUUCCCCUACAGCGUAUUGGCGACGAGGGAGAGCGGAAGCAGUACUCUGUCUUUGUCCAGUUCCCACGCGCCCGGCCAGUGACAUCGACGUCUCUUCUCUCUACGGUCUACUACUCCUGCCUGUAUCACUUCUCAUCUAACCCAGAGAGAGAUGCCUUCGCACCAGAGAGGUUACGGCGUGACUACAAGCUGACUGACCGCCAGUAUAUGUGGAUGGCUAUAGGUGCCCGCUCAAAGGCACGAGACUACAAGGGCAUCGAAGAGAGGUUGCUGACAGUUACGGGAUGGUUUGGUCGUAAGAACCAAAAGGCUGCCAUUGGCUUUGAAAAGGUAGCCGAGAUUCUCCGGCAAAUGCGCGCUCCAGAGGACGAGGUGGUGAAGUAUUUGCGGAAGACAGAUGACGUCAGUCUUCGUCUGGAGAUGGCCCAGAAGUUGGAUUGUCCGGCGGUUAUCAUUGAGACACUGAAGGAAAAGCGUGACCGGGUAGCUCUCACUCAGUACCAUGACAGACUGCCUGGACACAGUAGCCACCGCAGGGACGCCGCCAACCUGCUGCAAAACUCGACAAUCCGAUGGAAAAACUAAACCCUCGUGUUGCGACGGCCGGUCGUGACACGGCGGGUAUGAUCACUGUCGUCACGGGAGUAUCCCAAACCGGGUCUGGUGCCGGGACUGAGCAAGCCGCUUAGUGCAGCAGAUUCUAGCAACAACUAGUUAUGUCAGAUGAGCUUAGUCUUUGUCAGAUGAGCUUAGUCUUUGUCAGAUGAGCUUAGUCUGUAUCACUUGUUUGUUUGUUUUUAAUUGAAAUUUGACUCAGUCUCCGUCUUUCCUAGAUGUCAGUAGUAUUUACUUAGUGUGUUACAUGCGGCGAUGUCACGGCUGUGCUCUCGGUCUGAGUAUACGUGUUAACUGUAAUCCCAGCAUGAUGCUUCAGCGGCACGGUGCACAGCGUGAAGGCCGCGACAAAGGCAACACUAGCUGUGUACUGCAUCAGCAGCAGCUUACUGCAUAGGUAUGCAGUGCUGAAGUCUCUUCGGUGUACGUACGCCUUGCCGCAUGCUUCCUAUGGAGAUGCUGUGACCUCGUGCUACGCUUCAAUGACUGUGAGUGUCAGCAAGGCCAUGUGAUGAUUUCUAGAGUGCCUUGAGCCCAUGGUAAUAUUUUUGAGCCUUUUUUCAUUCUAGUUUCGGAUCUGUUCAUUAUCGUGUUUCCGAUUUCAAAUUUUGGUGUGUAUGGCACAGAGCUGCAUUCCCACUUACCGUUAGGCUAUGAUAAUAUUACAUGUAGGUGUACAUGUAGGUGGUUUAUUUUUUCUGUUCAGUUCAAUGGCACAAUGACGGUGUAGCAUUGUUAUCGGCCUGCAAAAUUAUCAGAUGCAUCAGUGGGCCGCUCAGUGCUAGUGAUGUUUUUUUUUUAAUUUUGCGAACAUUCUUCACACCUGGUACCCAUACAUAUGA